CACUCACUAAGUAUAGAUGGUAAAAAAUUGCAUAAAUCCAAGAACUUCUUGAAGGCAUGGGUCUCAUCACAUCAACAUGUGUUUCUCUUCUCAGUGUCAAGCUUGAUCAUCCUCAUUAUAUUGUGGAAAGUUUUCAAGAAACCACGGGAACUGACUGUGAACUGUUGGUUUUGCAAUGUUAACUCCACUGUACCAGCGGGAAAUGCCAACUGUUGGGAUUGUCCGCAUUGUGAUCAAUACAAUGGGUUUGAUAGCGAGGGGAAUUAUAAUAAGCCAAUCCCAGCACAACACUACUCCGAUUUCAACCAAGGCGUGUACGCACAGAAUCCAGCGGUAACCGUUGAUGACAAGAAAUUUAAGAAUAUUCUCUGUGAUCAGUGCAACCAGAAUCAACAACUGAAAGUACAGCAACUGGCCAUGUUUGUUCCUUAUAAUAUGAAAAAUUAUGAUUUUGAAAUUGAAGAUUUUGCUGCACACUUGGACAGCUUGUACCAAUUGUGCUUAGGCUGCGAACUCCAGACCCAGAGGAAAUUACAUGAAGUUGAUGACUGGGUCCAGAAAAACCUGUUGGGUAGAAAACUAUUACAAAUUAGGAGUUUGACAUCUAAACAGCCUGUUCCAUUACUGGUGCACAUUCUUCGAUGGUUUGUACUACUUUCAACAAUUGCCAUUUUAAUCAUUGAUAUUGGAACAUUCCAAGCAAAAUCAGAAGAAAAAACUAUUAUAUUCAGAAAUCAGACGAGUCUGCUGCUCAGUACAGUCGUUAUUUUUGUAGGCAUGUUAUCGAUUCUAUUAGCUGGAAGAUUGAGGCUUCGUCAUAUUGAUGUCAUUUCAACGAUGUAUUGGAUGUUUUCAAUUCUAACCCACCUUGAUAAAUUUCUUGAUAUAUGCCUAAAUGUGUUCCCAUGGAAACAUGAGCUUGAGAACUAUAUGAAUUCAAAAGCUUUCGAAAGUAAUGUUACAGUCGUCCAACAAAGGUUGAUCGUCAGGAUACCUGUUGACGUUAUCGGCUGCAUGCUGGCGUUCAGAUUUGUACUUAAAUCUGUUUUCCGUAAAAAGAUUAAAAAGCACAGGAAAAAGGACUUUAAACCAAUUUUCUUAAACAUCUCCAGAAACAGUAGUUUUUCUUCGUUGCCAAGAAGUGAGGUUGAAUUUGCUGUUGUACCACCAGAUAUUUUACAAAAGAAUGAUCAGACGCCCCAGGAUAUUGUCAGUAAAUUAAGGGCAGGGGCAGGGGAUCACCCUCUCAAUACCUCUUUGGGAUCAUUGUCAAUUGGAGGUGCAGAUCCUAUGAAAAAAGGGUCUGAACCAGUAAAUCCGGUUGUGAAGGAAAGACGACCUUUGAUCAGCCCAGCAAAGUUUACUGUUGGGGAUGGUGUUCGAAAACGAAAGUGUGUAACUGCAGAUAUUGAGACACCAGUGUCAGUAAGCGUAGCAAGUAGUCGUGCAAGCAGUGUGAAUGGUAGUGUUCACUCAACCAAUACGAAUGGAGAUUACAAACGCAAAUCAACAGUUACAAAAUCAACAGGUUCAGCUGGUUCACCCAAGAACAACAGCCAAGUGAGGAAUUCUCCAUCGCCUAUUUUGUACAUUGCAUUCGGGGUCAGCAUCGGGGUCAACGUAACCAUCAUAGCCGUCGCACUCUGGUUUUUGUUAGGCCUACAUCAGAAAACAUAAAUAUCGUAAAUAACAUGUUGAUGAUAAUAUAUGACUGUGUAUCGUAAGAAAUUGGGACAGGAAGGUGUGCUAAUAACACUAUAAUAGGUGCCUAGUAAUCAUAUUGUAAGUGACCGAGGAAGUUAAUGACUGUGGUCUAAAAUUUUAACAGAUAAAGAGAGGACCUUGUUAGGAAAACAAACUUUUCCUAAUGGUUGCACACCUGGGAUUGUUCUGUAGGUAUUUGGGUAUAGGAAGACAUUUCCCGUAACCCUGACUUUCCGUGCAUUUCAUAACCAGGAUAUUUGUAACCACGAACUUCCACGUUUCAGAAUGUCAUAAUGACGAUUAUGUCCGCGGCCGAGUUACGAGCAUUCAGAUUUACGGAAGUUCGGGGCUACAACAUAUCGGCGCAACGUUGGUGUCAAAAGAGUCUAGGUCGUAGGCCACGCCUAGAAAAUUGUCAGAUUUGAUGUUUUUGUGCGAUCUUUUAAAUUCCCAGUGGCAAAUUUUUCCACUAUGCACAAAAACAUCAGCCACUAUAGGAAUUUGAAAGCUCGCACCAAAACAUCAGCCACUUAAGAAUUUUAAAGCUCGCACACAAACAUCAAAUUUGACAAUUUUCUAGAUAUAGUAAAUCGGAAGCCAAACGGAACCAUCUUUAAAGGAAGCCUAUGAUAUAUAAAUAUUUUGUGAAAUUCCUCAAAAGUGAACUUAAAUCAACCGAAGAUCAACAACGAUUGAUUUUUUACUGAAUAUGUAAUAAAUUUUAAUUACAACCCCUCCUUUGGGAAACCACUAUUAAGGGGAUACCCCUAUUAAGUGACACUUUUUUUGCCGUGAAGUGAGGGAAACACUGCGGACAACCGGGCCCCAUAUUUAGGGGACACUUUUUUCGGUCCCGUAUGUCACAAAAACUGAUUGAUUUGCAUACGUUGUAGGCCUGGAUGAAAUGUUAUAUUUGGUUUAUAUGCAUGAAUACAAGAGUAUAUGAGUUUUAUGUAUUGUACUUUUUCGUUAGUUGGUGAGAAAAAUUUUAUCUAAAAUUUAAAAAGAAUUUAAACUAAAAAUGGUUGCUAAGAAGAACCGAUGAUGUUGAUAAAUUGGUUUAUCUCGGAUGUGUAAUACGAGAUGCGUUGCUUUAAUAAUACAAACUGUCAAUUAUGAAGUAGUCUGCUACGAUUUGCCGCCGUUUUAUAAGCCUUUGGGCCGAAUAGGUACUAUUAAUCCUGCUUAUCAGAAUGAUCUGGGUGUUCCAGUGACCCGAGUGAGCACUGCCCCUCAGACCGCUGCCAUACAAACCACUGCCAUGGUGUUUAGACUAGGCUUAUAUUUUAAAGCCUUAUUUUAAAAAUCGAUGCUUAUUAACAUGUUAUUUUCUAUUAAAGAUAGAACGAUUUUU